AUGCUAAUCAGAUUGCACAUCUCGACGCAAGUGCUAAGAACUGUCGACGCCACAAAUUCUAUGCUAAUCCUCUUCUCUCAUCCAAGCUCAUCUCGUUCCGACCCGAGAUUGCAUCUCCGGCUUCGGCCGGCUUUUGCCUUGUCGGGAAACACGGUGAACCGGCAGAGCUGUUGGGAUGCUACCGAAGACAAUACAGGAAUAACGGGCGCCGAAACUCACAUGCCGUGUGCUGUCAGAAAACAACCACACAGUACUACCUACUGGCGAAAUCCAGAGCAUGAUGUGAUGGCGCAACUCCGCAGCUACAUCGCUAGUAGCAAUGACUCUAUACCUAAUAUAGGUAUAGAACUUCACUAUACGAAGUUGCAUGCGGAGAGCAGGUGCGAAUACUGGGAAAUAAUCUCAGCUACUAUGGAAGAUGUUCAAGUGCCAAGGGUCCCUCAACCCAGCUGGCAGGAGAGGAGGCGCUGCCGUUUCAUGGAACGGCGACGAUGGCGAUUAAUUGGUUCGGGAUUGGCAGGAAGCGUCUUUGGCGGUCAGAGGCAGAGCAGGAAAGAGCGUAUCACGGAUACCUGCUGGGCGGGUCGUCCGGAACUGGAUGCUCCUGCUGGUAGCAGCUGCCUUAGGGCUCUGGACAGGUUACCUGUGCAUCGCAUGAUGCCCGCCAUGGAAGCAGCACCUGCCUCCCGCCUCUGCACGGCGAUCACUUAUCCUGGUCGCCUCAUCCCCAACUUGCUCGCCUCAAAAGCAGCUCAAUGCCGCACACCCUCUGUCUGCUGUGAUGACAUUGCCUUCCUUGCCAGUUUUUCUCUGAUUCUUAAGUUCAUCUUGUCUGCAACCGAUUCGAUUCCUUCCACGGCAGGGGUAUCAACAAGCUCCUGUCUUCUUAAACCACAAGCUGGCCGGAUGCCCUACACUGCGCCAGCUCAGCUGUCGCUUCCCGCGUCCCGCCUCGAUCGUCCGCAUCCUCAUUCUCUCCGAGAAGACUUAUCGGUGUCGAUCUCAGCCUCGUCAGGGCUUCCUCCUCGUCCCUGCUCCUUCUCCUCUACAUCUUAUGUCCGCCGACACCGGAGAAGCCCCUCUGUGAGCCUGCCAGUCCCUCCGUCAGUUCUGGAAAGCACCGAACGUGCGGUUUCACCGUUCCAAAGCACUGUCAAUCGUCAUGCGAGUCUACGGCAGUCGCCAUCCCCAGUCAACAAUGCAAUGAUCCCAACUGGAGCCGUCAUUUCUCCGCCGGAUUCUGGCGCGAACUCUAGUGAUGAAGAGGGAACAACGUCACAGCUCACAAGCGGGCAGGUUCUGAAUACAGUGAUAGGGUCCUGUCAACAAGUGCAUCAGUCUCCUACUGCAGAGCAACCGCAUAAGAGAGGAUCUGUGGGAAAGACGGCAGCGACCUCAUCUUCAGAGAAAUUGCCGAAUAAGUCGCACAAUGUCCAGCCUUCACUCACGGUGGAGGCCCAUAAUAUCUCCCAUUCACGGUCUUCUACAGAGUCUUCCAUCUCAAAGCUCGGAGAGUCCCUUAGCGCUUCUGAUGAGGAAGAAGAGCUGCUCCCGAAACCUCCCAUGGUCUGCAAGAGGUCUGGCGAGCUCGUUCGGCCGGCCUUGCGUCCAGCGUCCAGGAGGCGACGCCCGUCGAGCAUGCCAGGCACUCCAACCUAUGCCAAAAACGUGCACUUUGAUACUCAACUAGAGCACAUCAAACACUUCCUCCAACUUGACAAACCGUUGGCAGUGAGUGCAGAUACGUCCCCGGUCGAGACCUACAGUGGGGGUUCGGAGUUCCCAUUCAGUAGCGGUGACUUGGAGGGUGGAUCGAAAGCUCCAGCCUUCGAGUGGGAGUUACGAUUAGCCAACUUCCCCAAAGACACGACGUCGCGAGACCAUAUGCCGGUUCGGCUGGAGCGCAUUUUUCUUUCGUCCGACAAUAAGAAUCUGGUGGGCGUGGUUGCCGUUGCCAACAUUGCAUUUCAUAAGCAGGUUGCGGCACGGUUCACCUUUGAUUAUUGGAAGACAGUAUCUGAAGUGGCGGCGGAAUACAACCAUGACGUUCGUCGCAAGCACGCUCAGGAUGGAUACGAUCGGUUCAACUUCACUAUCAAACUAGCGGACCAGGCAAAUCUAGAGUCUAAGACGAUGUUCGUCUGCAUCCGCUACAAUGUCAGUGGCCAGGAGUUCUGGGACAACAAUGCUUCCAUGAACUAUCAAGUUGAUUUCGCGAAGAAAUACAAGAACAUUUCUGGAAAACAUGGAGUUUCUCCCACCAGUGGUCGCCAUGGGCAUCCGCUUCCGCGAAGCAGAAGUCUACCUACCUCUAGUGCUGCUCGACCUCGAUCGAUGCCUCCGUCCUUUGACGGCUUUGCGUCAGAGAUCGAUCCUACAUUCCCGUCCUUAGCCCAAGGCACUAGCGAAAACUAUACCGAGUCACCAUUGCACCUGACACAAGCCGAUUCGCAUGACUUGCUCCCGGAAGCUCCUAGACGGAGAGAAAAGCCGACUCGACAGGCAUUCGGAAAUCGGUAUGACUUUGGGGUCUCAUUGUCUGCAGUGAUGCAGAGUAAAAAUACUAUCGACCGGACAACGCUUUCUGAGAAGGCGAAGUCUGGAUCGAAUGGUCAUAAUGAUGAUGGAGCGGGGCAGGACAGCAGCGAGCUCUCUUCAGACCCCACCACAGUGAUGGAUGGGAACUCCAAAGACACGACGCAUCCUGAGUCUUUGAAACCCUCUACCAUUGUUUCGAGCAAACCACACCUUGAAUCGUCUGUGUAUAAGGAACUGGUGGACAAAUAUUGCUUUUACGGCUCUGCCAAAAGCGCGCUUAUUUCAGAUAGGACCGUGCCCACUCGAGAGAUGAAACCCUCCCGUUUCUAUCAUGAGGGCCCUCAUUUGUCAUCCUCUUCCUCCGUGGCGGGGCAGAAUUGUGACGAAUCUACCUCGCAAGUGGAUUCCGCUAUUUCCAUCGAGUCUUCGCCACGCUUGGGCGCUUCAUCAGCAUCAUCCAGUGACGCAUCCUCACCCGUUAUCUUCUCCUUCCCCUACCAUCAGCCUAUGUGUAAUGGAUUCUUAUCCGAGCCGCAAACUCCAGAUGUUAUCCGUGGAUGA